UCCGAUCGCGCCACUGCGCAGUACGUAACGCUCAUAAUUCCAGAUUCAGAUACAGAUAUAUCUGCGACAUUUCGUCGAGGUAUACUCGUUCUGGGACUUUUGAAUUUGCAUAACAUGGGAAUUGGCUUGUGCGCCGUACAUUACUCAUUGAAUUGGUUCUUUGACUUUGAGAUUUCAAAUCUAAAUAUUAUAUUUUCGUUUUCAGUGAAAUGCGGCACUAAAAUGUAAAUUUGAGCUCGAAAGCAACGAAAAUCGAGUGAACGACAGAAAUUGGAAGACAACCUAAACAAAUUUGGAACUCGGGGUGAAGGUCGAGUGCUCCUCCCGUUUUUCGAUGACUAUGUUUUGGCACCAAAAUGUAGAUCAACAGCCCGAUGAGGAGAACAAACAGCCAAAGAACUCAGCUCCAGCGAGGAGACUAAACAUCAGUUUCAAUGUGAAGAUCGCGGUGAAUGUGAACACCAAGAUGUCAACCACGCACAUAAACCAGCAGGCGCCCUCUUCCCAAGCCCAGGGAACGGGUCCACCGUCGCCCAGCAAGAUUGUGGUCCAUCAGCAGAGCAGCACCUUCGAUCUCCGCCAGCAGUUGGCCCGUCUGGGUCGCCAGUUGGCCAGCGGUCAGGAUGGCCACGGCGGCAUAUCCACCGUCCUUAUCGUCAAUCUCCUCCUGCUGAUCCUCCUCUCGAUCUGCUGCGAUGUCUGUCGAUCCCACAACUUCACGCUCCACCAGAGUCCCGAACCCGUGCCCAAGGACCAAAUGGGUCUGCUGCGUCCCAAACUGGACAGCGAUGUGGUGGAGAAGGUGGCCAUCUGGCACAAGCACGCCGCCGCAGCACCGCCCAGCAUCGUCGAGGGCAUCGCCAUCAGCAGCAGGUCCCGGGCCCCGGAUUCCGCUAUUCUGCCCCCAGCUUAUCAGCAUCCCGAUCCGCAUCACCAUCCGGAUCCGCAUCCGCCGGAGGAGCAGCACGGAGUCGACGAGCGGGUGGUCCUCGAACGCGUCACACGGGACUGUGUCCAGCGGUGCAUUGUUGAGGAGGAUCUGUUUCUGGACGAGUUUGGGAUACAAUGCGAGAAGGCGGACAACGGCGAGAAGUGCUACAAAACACGAUGCACCAAGGGCUGUGCCCAGUGGUAUCGCGCCCUCAAGGAGCUGGAAUCCUGCCAGGAGGCCUGCUUGUCGCUGCAGUUCUACCCGUACGACAUGCCCUGCAUCGGUGCCUGCGAGAUGGCCCAGCGGGACUACUGGCACCUCCAGCGCCUGGCCAUCAGCGACCUGGUGGAGCGGACACAGCCCCAGCUGGAGCGGGCUCCGCGGGCCGAUGGACAGGCCACGCCGCUCACCAUCCGCUGGGCGAUGCACUUCCCGGAGCACUACCUGGCCAGCCGGCCCUUCAACAUCCAGUACCAGUAUGUGGAUCACCAUGGCGUGGAGCAGGAGCUGGAGCCGGAUGUCGGGCAGGAGGAUCAGGAAUCCGGAGCGGGGGGUUCCAGCGCGUGGUUUAACCUGGCUGACUACGACUGUGAUGAGUACUUCGUCUGCGAGAUUCUGGAGGCCCUCAUACCCUACACCCAGUACAGGUUCCGCUUCGAGUUGCCCUUUGGCGAAAACAGGGAUGAGGUGCUUUACUCCCCGGCCACGCCCGCCUUUCAGACGCCACCCGAGGGCGCCCCCAUCUCGGCUCCGGUCAUCGAACACCUGUUGGGUCUGGACGACAGCCACCUGGCGGUACAUUGGCAUCCGGGUCGAUUCACCAAUGGUCCCGUUGAGGGAUACCGCCUGCGGUUGAGCUUCGUAGAGGGAAACCACACAACUGAGCAGCUGGUUCCGGCGGGCCGCGGUAGCUUUAUCUUUUCCCAGCUGCAAUCGGGAACCAACUAUACCUUGGAGCUGACGAUCAUCAAUAAGCAGGGCGAGGGUCCGGCGGCCAAGGGUUUUGUGGAAACCCUUCCCACCCGAAAUGAAAAGCCUGUGAAGGAACUUACCGAAGGUGUCCUCCUGGCCGGACGAAGGGCUGUGAUGUGGCAAUCCCUGGAACCGGCCGGGGAGAGCUCAAUGAUCUACCAGUCGCAGGAGGAUCUGGCUGAUGUGGCCUGGUCCCAGCAGGAGCAGCAAUUGUGGCUCCUCAAUGUCCAUGGGGAGUUGCGCAGCCUAAAAUUUGAGUCGGGACAGAUGGUGAGUCCGGCCCAAAAGCUGAAGCUGGAUUUGGGAAACAUCUCGGCCACUGGACGAUUAAUGCCUCGUCGACUGAGCUUUGACUGGCUGCGUCAUCGACUAUACUUCGCCAUGGAGUCGUUGGACCGAAACCAAUCCAAAUUCCAGAUUAUAAGCACGGAUUUGGAGGGAGAAGCCGCCGAAGAAGCUGGUGAACCCUUCGAUCUGCCGGUUGAGCAGCUGGAAGUGGAUGCCCUGAAUGGCUGGAUCUUCUGGCGGAACGAGGAGGACCUGUGGCGUCAGGACUUGCAUGGUCGAAUGGUCUAUCGCCUGGUCAGGAUUAGGCAGCCUGGUUGGUUUGUUGUCCAGCCGCAGCACUUCCUCAUCCGUCUGAUGUUGCCGCAGGAAGGUAAAUUCCUGGAGCUGAGCUACGAUGGUGGGUUCAAGCAUCCACUGCCACUGCUUCAGCAUCCAAGUGGAUCAUCCUCCGUUUGGCCCACCUUUGCCCUGCUUGGUAGCUCCCUGCUCCUUCCCGAGUCGGGUCAGCUCAACCUGGUGGGGGGUCAGGGAGUAAGUGCCUCUUGGCCACUGCGGAACUUGCCAGAUUGCUGGGCCGUGAUUCUCCUGGUGGCGGAUGGCCAACCGUUGACCAAUGCCGGUGGCAAACCCCACAGCUUGAAGGCUCUGUUGGGCGCCCAGGCGGCGAAGAUCUCCUGGAAGGAGCCGGAUCGUAAUCCCUACCAAUCCGCGGAUGCCGCCCACAACUGGAGCUACGAACUGGAGGUCCUCGACGUGGCCAGUCAGAGUGCCUUUAGCAUCCGGAACAUUCGAGGACCCUUCUUUGGCCUGCAGCGCCUGCAGCCCGAUAAUCUGUACCAGCUGCGGGUGAGGGCCAUCAGUGCGGAUGCAGAGCCGGGGGAGUGGACAUCUCCACUGGCUGCCCGCACCUGGCCACUGGGUCCACAUCGACUGAGGUGGUCCAGCCGGGAGGGAAGGCUCCUGCACACUGAUGAACUGGGCGAGGGCUUGGAGGUGCAGCAGGAACAUUUGGAGCGCCUACCCGGACCCAUGACCAUGGUGAACGAGAGCGUGGGGUACUAUGUGAGUGGAGAGGGGCUGCUGCACUGCAUCAACCUAGUGCACAGCCAGUGGGGAUGUCCCAUUGCGGAGCCACUACAGCAUGUGGGUUCGGUGACCUACGACUGGCGAGGCGGCAGAGUGUACUGGACGGAUCUGGCCAGGAAUUGCGUAGUGCGCAUGGAUCCCUGGUCGGGCAGUCGGGAACUGCUGCCCAUCUUCGAGGCCCGCUCCCUGGCCUUGGAUUCGCGGCAGGGUCACCUCUACUAUGCCACCAGCUCGCAGCUAUCCCGCCAUGGAUCUUUGCCCGAGGAGUCGGUGUCCUACUACAAGGUCAAUGGAUUGGAGGGCAGCAUCGCCUCCUUUGUCCUGGACACCCAGCAGGAUCAGCUCUACUGGCUGGUGGGUCGUGCUGGCACACUGCGUCUUUAUCGUGCUCCCCUGAGUUCUGGCCGUGACGCACUGCAUCUGAUACAGGAUCUGAAGGGUGCCGUUCAGGCUAUCCCCCAGAGCUUGCAGCUCUUGAGGCCACUGGGUGCCCUUCUUUGGCUGGAGCGGAGUGGCAAAAGGGGGCGUUUGGUGCGUUUGGCUGCUCCCGAGGAUGUGAUGGAGUUACCAACGCCGGAUGAAGCUUCUCCUGCCUCCGCCUUGCAGUUGCUGGACCAGCAACCACUUCCUCCGCCGGAUGAGGGGGUUAUUCCUCAGACAGUGACUCCGGAUUCAGUUCGCCUGGAUGAUGGCCACUGGGAUGACUUCCAUGUGCGUUGGCAGCCCUCGACAUCCGGUGGCAACCACAGCGUCUCGUAUAGAUUGCUCCUCGAAUUUGGCCAGAGACUUCAGACCCUGGAUCUGACCACCCCCUUUGCCCGACUGACCCAACUGCCCCAGGCGCAGUUGCAGCUGAGGAUCAGCAUCACGCCGAGGACCGCCUGGCGCAGUGGGCAGACCACUCGGGUGCAACUCACCACUCCGCCGGCGGCACCUAGUCAACCUCGCCGGUUGAGGGUCUUUGUGGAGCGUAUGGCCACUGCCCUCCACGAGACCAAUGUGAGCGCCCUGCUCCGCUGGGAUGCCCCGGAGCAGGGUCAGGAGGCGCCGGUGCAGGCACUGGAGUAUCACAUCAGCUGCUGGCUGGGCUCCGAGCUGCAUGAGGAGCUGCGCCUCAACCAGAGUGCUCUGGAGGCUCGCGUGGAGCACCUGCAGCCGGAUCAGACCUACCACUUUCAGGUGGAGGCGCGUGUGGCGACCACGGGAGCUGCAGCCGGGGCAGCCAGUCAUGCCCUCCAUGUGGCUCCCGAGGUGCAGGCGGUGCCACGCCUACUCUACGCCAAUGCCGAGUUCAUUGGUGAACUGGACUUGGACACCAGGAAUCGCCGGCGACUGGUGCACACUGCCAGUCCGGUGGAGCAUCUGGCUGUGAUCGAGGGAGAGCAGCGAUUGCUGUGGGUCAACGAGCAUGUGGAGCUUCUCACCUAUGUACCAGGCGCUGCUCCAGCUAAGCUGGCCAGGAUGCGUGCUGAGGUCUUGGCCCUCACCGUCGACUGGGUGCAGCGCAUCGUCUACUGGGCGGAACUGGAUGCGAGUGCCAACCAGGCGGCUGUGAUCUAUCGCCUGGAUCUGUGCAACUUCGAGGGCAAGAUCCUGCAGGGCGACCGGGUGUGGAGCACUCCCAGGGGUCGUCUGCUCAAGGAUCUGGUGGCCCUGCCACAGGCUCGUUCUCUCGUCUGGUUGGAGUAUGAGCAGGGAUCGCCCAAGAAUGGUUCGCUCAGGGGCAGGAACCUCACCGAUGGCUCCGAGCUGGAAUUGACCACCUGGCAGCCACUGAUCCACCUGCAUGCCGGCAGCUUGGAGCCCGGAUCGGAGACGCUGAACCUGGUUGAUUACCUGGGCAAGCUGUGUGUCUACGAUGUGGCCCGCCAGCUGUGCACGGCCAGCGCUCUGAGGGCCCAGCUCAGUUUGCUGGGCGAGGACUCCCUUGCCAUGGGACAACUGGCCCAGGAUUCGGGUUACCUCUACGCCCUAAAGAACUGGAGCAUUCGGGCCUAUGGUCGUCGGCGGCAGCAGCUGGAGUACUUGGUGGAACUGGAGCCGGAGGAAGUGCGUCUGCUCCAGGCGCAUAACUAUCAGGCCUAUCCGCCCAAGAGUUGCCUACUACUUCCUCCAGUUGGGGGAUCCUUUGUGGAGGCAACCAAAUGCGAGGAGCAGGGGUGCCAACUUCAAUUACCAUUGAUUAAAGCCUCCAAAGAUUGUGCUUUACCCAUUCCCGGCGUGAGAUACCAAUUGAAUCUCACUUUGGCCAAGGAGGAGGAGUCCCAAGAGGAGCAGAAGGAGCAGCAGGAGGAUGAGCCCCUGGCUCAUUGGCUGCUGGGGGCUGGUGAGUCCUUGAAUAUCACAGAUCUCCUGCCCUUCACUCGUUAUCGUUUGGUGGGAGUCCUGACCAGCUACUACCAAACCAAGUUGGGAUUACCCUCACUUGCUUUGCCCCCGCUGGAGCUUCUCACCGCCUCUGCCACGCCCUCGGCUCCCAGGAACUUCAGUGUCCGUGUGUUGAGUCCCCGGGAACUGGAGGUCACCUGGUUGCCGCCAGAGCACCUGAGGAGUGAAAGUGUCUACUACACGCUCCACUGGCAACAGGAGGGGGAUGGUGAAGAUAAUGAAGCUGGUCAGGAUGGGGCGGAAAGGAACCCCCAGGAGAGGCGACUUGAGGCGGCGGGUAGCCAUCGACUGAGCGGCAUUAAGCCGGGAUCAGGCUAUCGCCUCUGGGUACUGGCCCAUGCCACGCCCACUAAAAGCAACAGCAGUGGGCGGCUGCAUGUGCGCAGCUUUUCCGAUUUGCCGGAACUGCAGCUCCUGGAGCUGGGACCCUAUUCCCUAAGUCUCACCUGGGCAGGAACACCGGAUCCAUUGGGAUCCCUGCAACUGGAGUGCCGUUCGCCGAGUGAGCAACUGCGUCGAAAUGUGGCUGCGAACUACACGAGGAUGGUGGUGGAGCCACUGCAGCCGCGUACUCGCUAUCAAUGUCGCCUGCUUCUGGGCUAUGCGGCCACCCCAGGAGCUCCACUGUAUCAUGGCAAAGUGGAGGUCUACGAGACCCUGGGUGAUGCCCCCAGUCAGCCGGGGAAACCUCAGCUGGAGCACAUUGCCGAGGAGGUGUUCCGCGUCACCUGGACACCGGCUCGUGGCAAUGGAGCACCCAUUGCCCUGUACAAUCUGGAGGCUUUGCAGGCGAGGAGAAACGACAUUCGCCGACGGCGCAGGAGAAGGCGUCGGGAUAGCGGUGGAUCAUUGGAGCAACUGCCGUGGGCUGAGGAGCCGGUGGUCGUGGAGGACCAGUGGCUGGACUUCUGCAACACAACCGAGUUGAGUUGCAUCGUGAAGAGGCUGCACUCGAGCAGGUUGCUCCUCUUCCGGGUGCGCGCGAGGAGUCUGGAGCACGGAUGGGGUCCGUACAGCGAGGAGAGCGAGCGGGUGGCGGAGCCCUUCGUCUCGCCGGAGAAGCGUGGAUCCCUGGUCCUGGCCAUCAUUGCGCCGGCGGCCAUCGUCUCCAGCUGCGUCCUGGCCUUGGUCCUUGUGAGAAAAGUUCAAAAGCGUCGUCUGCGUGCCAAGAAACUGCUCCAGCAGAGCCGUCCCAGCAUCUGGAGCAAUGUGUCCACCCUGCAGACGCAACAGCAGCUACUGGCCGCCAGGAAUCGAGCCUUCUCCACCACCCUAAGUGAUGCGGAUAUCGCUUUGUUGCCCCAGAUCAAUUGGAGUCAACUGAAGCUGCUCCGAUUCCUGGGCAGCGGAGCCUUUGGCGAGGUCUACGAGGGUCAGUUGCAGACGGAGGACUCCGAGGAGCCGCAGCGAGUGGCCAUCAAGAGCUUGCGAAAGGGAGCCAGCGAGUUUGCAGAGCUGCUCCAGGAGGCUCAACUGAUGAGCAACUUCAAGCACGAAAACAUCGUCUGUCUGGUGGGGAUCUGCUUCGACACCGAGUCUAUCUCCCUGAUCAUGGAGCACAUGGAGGCGGGCGAUUUACUGAGCUACCUUCGUGCUGCUCGAACCACUAGCACACAGGAUGCGCAACCCCUGGCUGGUCUGUCGCUCUCGGAGCUCCUGGCCAUGUGCAUCGAUGUGGCCAAUGGCUGCAGUUACCUGGAGGACAUGCACUUCGUGCACCGCGACCUGGCCUGCCGGAACUGUUUGGUCACGGAAUCGGCGGGCGGACCGACGGAUCGGCGGCGGACUGUGAAGAUCGGAGACUUUGGACUGGCGCGGGACAUCUACAAGAGCGACUACUACCGGAAGGAGGGCGAGGGCCUGCUGCCGGUGCGCUGGAUGUCGCCGGAGAGCCUGGUAGAUGGCCUGUUCACCACCCAGUCCGAUGUUUGGGCCUUUGGGGUCCUCUGCUGGGAGAUCCUCACCCUGGGUCAGCAGCCAUAUGCGGCGAGGAAUAACUUCGAGGUGCUGGCCCACGUCAAGGAGGGCGGACGCCUCCAGCAGCCACCCAUGUGUCCGGAGAAGCUCUAUGCCCUCCUCCUCCUCUGCUGGCGAACUGAUCCCUGGGAGCGACCCAGUUUCCGGCGCUGCUACAAUACCCUGCAUGCCAUCAGUACCGAUCUCCGGCGCAGCCAAAUGGCCUCCAGUCCGGCGGACCCCAAGCCAGAGGUCAAAGUGCGAUUCGAUGGACAGUCGCAGGAGCAAAAGGAUCAGAAGGAGCAGCCGCCAGAGAACCUGUCACUAAGGGAAGUCCCUCUAAAGGACAAACAACUGUAUGCCAAUGAGGGCGUCUCCCGACUUUGAGCGGGGAUUCCCUCACCUUUUCACAACCAACGUCUCAAACGAUCUAGCUUUCCGGUUAAUAUAAGGCUAACUUUAAUACAGAAUACAAAUGGAUUAAGA